UUUUCCACGAUUCGUGGUUUUAUAAGCCAGACUCCUUAUCUGUCAAGAACCAAGUCAAGUGUGAGAUACUCGCUCAAUUCAAGGGUUGAAAACAGACUACCAUUUAAUCACUUUUUAUCGUUCUAGUCUUUAUUUUUUGAGCAAAUUAUUCCUUAUUUUUGAGCGAUGGAGAGCGGGAAGCGAAAGCUAGAUUACGAAUCAUUAACACAGAAGAAUGACAAAGAUAGAAGAGACCAAAAGCGAGCGAAAAGAGAAAGGCCCAUAUCUCCCGACAGCCAGGAUGCUGAUACAGAAGAAAGCGAGUCAGAAAAUGACGAAGUCGCGGACUUUGAGAAAGAAGACGACGCAGAAUCAAAAGAAAGUAACCAGACGCAGUUUUCCACUCAACGUCGCAUAUGUUUAGUCGGGUCGUUGUUGCUCUGUGUAUUUACUAUCUUCGCCUUCGCUUUCAUUUUACCUUGUCAUCAUGAGUCCUGCGCGAAGGAUAGAGAAUGUGGAAACAAGCCGUUGAAACACUGGUCUAAGAAUUUCAGCGGAAUGGCACCGUUGGUCUUGAGAGACUUUAAUGACGGGAAAUACAGUCAGGAGAAUUUGCUGGUAGGGUAUAGAUUUCCUGGUAAUGGUGGGUCUCGUAAUACCAGUUGCCCAGGAAGGCAUUGCCAGGGAGUUUUAUCUUUGAAAGGUUGUAAUGGCAAGUCUCUUUGGAGCACAGACAUCGACGGAAUGUUAGGGAAAGUCCAGUGUAUAAAACAUGUCAGGAAGAAGAACCAUUUCCAGGAAGGAUCAGGGUGUUUUGUCCAGGAAGGGAAAGACAAAGUGAUUUUUAUCGAUACGGUGAAUGGCAACAAGAAAUGGCAGGCAGAAAAAUUGGGAGACGUUAGUUCGUUCCGAACGAUCCCAGACAUUGAUGGCGAUCAUUUUCAAGAUAUCUUACUUCUUCAUGCCUCGCCAAACCCUCGGCUAGACCGGUCAAGACGAGCUUAUACUCUAGGUAAAAAUACUCUAAAAGUAUUAUCAGGAAGAUCGGGCAAACUGAUUGGAACGAGUGUUCUACUCUCUAUUUUUCUUCAAAUCAGCAAAGAACAUGUGUUUCUUCGAAUACAUCGCGUUUCUGCAACACUACAUUACAUCCUCAUCGGAAUCAAACCAGAAUCCGCCAAAACUGGUACUCUCCUCGCCAUAGAAGUACGAGAUCUAUCAAACAGGGUCCAUAAUUCUUCCAUCGCGAAGAGAAGAACACCCUGGGGUUCGAACGAGCCGAAUGAGUUUGGCUUCAUCGAGUUGUUCAAAGACACCUUGGUUCUGACGUCACCGCUGCUUGCGGAUUUGAACAAAGACGGAGUUGAAGAUGUCGUUCUAUGUAGUCUUGAUAAUGGAGUUACGGUUCAAGCCCUUGAUGGUAAAAAUGCGGCGGAGAUCUGGUCGAGGAGACUGACGGUGGGAGUAAAUGACAGUGCUUUACCAGCCAUUGUAUCCCUUGGCAACUAUUUAAUUGACGUCGCCGUCAUGAUUAAGCUUAACAACCAUUCGUCAAGAAUUGUGGUCCUCAAUGGAAAAAACGGAGCAGUUCGAUGGCUGUUCACACUUACUAACCCCCUUCCCGUCCCCCCCUUGGGAGUACCCAAGGCUGAUGGAAUCCCAGAAGGGUUGUUGCUAUGGUUACCCAAGACGAAGGUGAAUGGAUACAUGACGGAGAGAUAUCGAAAAUACCACGGGAAUGACGAGACUGUGGCGAAGAAGAAGAAAAGAGAUGGACCAAGAAGAAGAAGAAGAGAUUUGAGUGAUGUUGUUCAUGACUUACUGGAGAUGAUGAAUGAAGGGAAGUCGCGUGAUGAGGGAGAAGAACACGUGAUUGAUGACCUGCAAGCCAUUGUUGAUGAUGAGGAUGAUGGCAAUGAUGACGAUGAUGAUGGAGGUGAUGAUAAUGAGGAAAGUAACGGUGGUGGUGACGUAAUUGAUGGCAAUAUCAAUAAAGAAAGUAAUCAUCGUAAAGAUUCUAAAGCUAUAGUUCAUGAUAAAGAUACAGAAGAUCGCAGUGAUGUUACUGAUGUAAAGAGUCUCAGCGAUAAGGAUGUCUAUAACACAGAUAACCAGGAAAAUAUAAAAACCAGCCUCGUGGAAACCCACGAAAGUGCCUUAGAAGAUAAGCCUUACGGAAAUAAUCCAGUUAAAAUAAAACCUGAUAACCCGACCGAUCACCAACCAUUCUCCUAUGACACCAAACCUGAUAAUCCGAACGACAACCGACCAUACUCCUAUGACACCACACCUGAUAAUCCGAACGACAACCGACCAUACUCCUAUGACACCAAACCUGAUAAUCCGAAUGACAACCGACCAUACUCCUAUGACACCAAACCUGAUAAUCCGAACGACAACCGACCAUACUCCUUUUACAUCAAACCUGAUAAUCCGAAACGACCAUACUCCUACGUCAUCCAUCCCACACCUACUAAAAACUCUGAACAAACGAGAUCAAUCGAUUACGAGGCGCUGAAAAAAUUCCUUAAAAAAUUAAAAGAGAAUUUACGAUCAAAGCAACAACCACAAGCUACGAAGCCGACUACAGCUCUGCCAACUCCGAGGACCAGGUUUGAGUCGUUCAAGGAGUCUCCUCACACGAAAGAGAAAAAUAAAAAGAGAGAAACACUACAGAAUUCAGCGCCUUUGAAAAAUUCUUCUGUAGAGGUCAAAAGCACGAUUGAAGCGAACAAGACAAAGAGAGGAUUCUUCACGGGGAAAGAACGUGACAAGUCUUUAUUGCUAGCUUGUGCCAAGCAAGAGAAGGAUCUGUCUAAAGAACUAAGCGUGGUGUUGGUGUACAGGGACGAGAAACGAUUACGGAUGAUGGAGAUCACAAAAGAUGAAAUCAUCAGCUUAGAUCCACAUGAGUACAAAAAACAGUUUGGUGAACCACCGCCCACCGCAAACUGCCAACACUUUAUUCCACACGUAAAAUCCAAACCACUCGUGAAGGAUAUCGACGGGGAUGGAAGACUUGACUUGAUAUAUGUCCUAGAAUACCGCAAUACUAUAAUCCCUGAUGGAUACAAAAAAGAGCGUUUCAUGAAAAUUAAGAAACUAGAUAUCCGAGAUGCAAUAUUGACAAGGAAAUCAAAGAGGGUUAAUUAUUCUAGUUAUGAGAGCAAAAGUUCUAAGAGAAACGAAAGGUUUGACUCGCCAUUUGCGCAGUGGAAGACAGACUGAUUCCUCUUUCACAAGUCAGUGUUUUUCAAUAGAAUGUGCGGAAUCGUCGGCGCGAUGAAGUAGGUUUUUUUGGUGGAUGUCAAUCAAGGCGUUUUCGUGACAUUCAACAGACACGCGUUCUUCAAACUUUGGAUUUUCCGACAAUGUCAUGGAAACACUUUGAUUGACGUCCACCUAAACCUCAGUUUUUAAUCGCGACGAUGAUUCCGCGAUUCCUCCCUUCUAAUGAGAAGCACUGUAAACCAGAGGAAGUCUGGUGCUAAUGGAGCUGGACACGAGAUUGUAAAGCUUUUACAUCUCCUGUCCAGAUUCAUCCCAUAAUCCAAUGCACCAUAGGGACAGAUUUGAAUUCGUAAUUUUAAGGGUUCAGUGAAAGUCAGACCCCACUAAUACGUUUUUAGUUAAUAUGGAAAGAAAUGAUCAGUAAAGUUGUUAAUUCUGUAAAGGGUAAACUGGGAAAUGCAAUAAACAAAAACACAAUUUU